GCGGCACCCCACUGGCCAAUCCGGAGGAAGGUUUUUGGAAAGUGCAGCGGCGCGAGCUCACAUCCGGUCAUAUAUAAACUGCCACGAGUUAGCGGCGAAUUCGGAGUGUCCAUUUUGAGCUGCGUUCCGGCUUCUCCCUCUGUUUUCCCCUUCUUAAAGCUAAGUUAACAAUACACCCCCGCAAUGGCUGACGCUGACAUGCUGCUCAUGGAGACUUCUGAGCAGAACGGCGACGAGGACCAGAACGGCGCCACGGCCGAGGCUGAGGCCGAGCUGAUGGCCGACGACGAGAGCCAGGGCGCCGAUGACGGUGGAAAGAUCGACGCCAGCAAAAGCGAAGAGGAUGCCGGCAAAAUGUUUGUGGGUGGCCUGAGCUGGGAGACUAACAAGAAAGACCUCAAGGAUUACUUCAGCAAGUUUGGUGAGGUAUCAGACUGCACCAUCAAAAUCGACACGGCCAGCGGACGCUCGCGGGGCUUCGGCUUCGUGCUCUUCAAAGAUGCUGCCAGUGUGGACAAAGUGCUGCAGCAGAGCCAGCACAAACUAGACGGCCGCCAGAUCGACCCCAAGCGGGCCCUGGCCAUGAAGAAGGAGCCCGUCAAGAAGAUCUUUGUCGGCGGCUUGAAUCCGGAGGCCACCGAGGAAAGCAUCAGGGAAUACUUUGGAACCUUUGGAGAGAUUGAAACCAUCGAGCUCCCCCUAGACCCCAAAUCAAAGAAGAGGAGGGGGUUCAUCUUCAUCACAUACAAAGAGGAAGCCAGUGUCAAAAAAUGCUUGGAGAAGAAGUACCACAACAUUGAGGGCGGAAGGUGCGAGCUGAAGAUCGCCCAACCGAAGGAGGUUUACCAGCAGCAGCAGCAACAGCAACAAUACGGCGGAGGGCGCGGCGGCGGCGGCUACGGCAGCCGAGGGGGUCGAGCCCGGGGAGGAGGUCAGAGCCAGAGCUGGAACCAGGGCGGCGGCGGCGGUGGGGGCUAUGGCAGCUACCAGGGAUACAGCAGCCAAGGCUACGGUGGCUACAGUGGCUACGGCAGCUACGGUAGUUACGGCUACGACUACCCCUCCGGCGGCUACUAUGGAUACCCUGGCUAUGACUACAGCCAGGCCAGCGCCAGUUAUGGCAAGGCACCCAGACGGGGCCACCAGAGCUCCUACAAGCCAUACUGAUGCUCAUGGUUGAGGUUCCAGCAAAACACCCGACUGGACUGACGUGACUCCUUUUAUGACAGAAGACCAUUUGUACAGAAAACAUCAAAUGUAACUUUUCCAUGUUUUUUUUUUUUUUUUUUUUUAAUUGUAUGCUUUUUUUUUAGGGUUUGUUUUCCCCCCUUUGUGUUUUCUUUUUUUUUUUUUUUUUUCCCCAACAUUUCCAUUGAAAGGAAGUGUAAUUUUACUGUACUUUUUGGUACCUGUUUUGAUUCUAAUGUAUUGUAAGGGUAUUUUACAUGUCGGCUGGCUUUACAGGUUGGAUGUCUUGGCGCUGUAAAGGAGCUUUUUUGACAAAUAAAAAAGAAAAAAAGAAAUUCACAAAGAUAGUAUCCUUUUCAAUUCUGUAUUGGGAAAAUAAAACUCUGCUGAACGCGCA